AUGAAGCCCGUUCUUUUUGUCUCUGUCUUAGCUCCAGCUCUAACGGUAGCACAAACAUACUGCGACAAAGGAGCGCAAUUGCCCGUCGGAAUACUAAGAUGUCUGUGUGUUUCUACGCCAGAUAAGACACUGCGCCUCCGAAAAAAUUGUGAAUUGCCAGUUGAAGUAUAUGGUCUCAAGCACACUAAAGCUUACUGUAUUGGUGGUGGAUUGUUCCAAUGCUGUGACUGA